AUGUGGUCGACAAGGCGGCUGUGGAAGUGGAAUUUGGAUAGGGUGAUGAGCAGCGUCGACUCGUGUGCGGUAGGGAUGGGGCUUCCUAGCUUCCGGCUCGAUAAGGUCGAGCGAGGAAUCUGCGGUCUGUUGAACGACUUCACUCGGGAGUAUAACGAGCGUAACAAGCUGAAGGAGCCGCUGACGUUGAGAAUCUCCGGCGGAUGGGUCCGCGACAAGAUCCUGGGGCGCGAGUCGCACGACUUGGACAUCUCGAUCAACGUUAUGUCUGGGGAGCAGUUUGCGACCCAACUGAGCCGGUUCCUGACCGAGAACUUCGACAAGUACGGUGUUAAGCCGCACUCAGUGCACAAGAUCGGCAUAAACCCUGCCAAGUCCAAGCACUUGGAGACCGCCACGACGAAGCUGUUUGGCGUGGAGGUGGACUUUGUUAAUCUGAGAUCGGAGGAGUAUUCGGAUCACUCCCGCAUACCGGUGACGAAAUUUGGCACCGCCAGGGAGGAUGCCCUUAGACGUGAUGCUACGCUGAACGCUCUGUUUUACAAUAUCCAACUGAAUCGGGUCGAGGACUUCACCGGGACGGGACUGCAGGACUUGAAAAACGGCAUACUAAGAACUCCGCUGCCGCCAAGGCAGACGUUUCUUGAUGAUCCGCUGCGGGUGCUGAGACUGAUUAGGUUUGCGUCGAGGUAUAAUUUCCGCAUCGAGGACAGCGUCCUGAAGGAGAUGCAGGACCCGGAGAUCAAUGCGGCUUUCAGUACCAAGGUUUCUAACGAAAGGAUCGGCACUGAGGUGGAGAAAAUUUUGGAGGGCCCCAACCCUUUGCUGGGCUUGGCUUUGAUCCAAAAGACUCAUAUAGAGAAUGUUGUUUUCUCGUGGCACCAUGACGUGGAUCUCAUCAAUUUCAACAAACAGCAUUGUAAAGAUCUGCCAGUCAUUGACAGGCUCUAUGACGAUGGCGUGUUGAAUGCUCAUCUAUGCAAGGUAGUCGAAAACUUUGAGUCGUUUGUCAGCGAUUUGGGUACUUUAUCUUCUUUGAUGGCGGGAUCUGCGGAAUGGAAGCGAUCUUUCAUCUUAUCUGCAUGUCUGAUGCCAAUGGAGGGCCUAAAGAUAAUCUGGACUACGAGGAAAACGAUGAACAAUACUAUGCCCGCUGUGGAGAGCAUUCUAAAAGAUGGACUCAAGAUUGGUAAAAACGGAGCGGCCCAGGUCUCAAGAGUUGUCGAUUCGCUGACUUCCUACGAGCAAAUGAUCAAGAAGUUUUCUGAAGACAGGGCUCAGUUGUCAAGGUCAGAUAUUGGAAUCUUUCUGAGAAGUCUUAAAGGUGACUGGCAAAUUACUCAUUUUGUCUCACUGUUCAAGCAAUACCCUGGGUGUGAGAAACGACAAUUAGUUCAGGUCAUGGAGCAAUACGCAUCCUUUUACGAUUAUGUCUACGCCGAACAGUUGGAAAAUUGCCAUGAUAUGAAACCUUUGAUCAAUGGUAAAGAAAUGGUGAGCCUAUUGAAGAUGAAGGGUGGCCCAUGGUUAGGCAAAAUUAAUGAUAGAGCCAUAAUGUGGCAGUUGGACCACCCCUCGGGAACUUCUGAAGAGUUGUUAGAUUACGUAAAGUCCAUUUUGCCAGAAUAUACAUGA